UGUGCAUGAUCAACUACCUUAAUUGAUCAAGUCAUGCCGCUCUCGUCUCUCGAUCUCUUCACGGCAUCUUGUUGCCUGGUUCUUCUUCUCGGACAUGCAACCAUUUGUCAGGGGUCGCCAUCGCGCGCGCCGCGGGUCUUUCCCGGACGGCGGAGAUAUAUUUCAUGGGCUGAUUUGAACGUGAGAAACCACUCGAGGUACUAUUCGGAUGCCAAAUAUCGGAUCUCCGGCAGAGUCAUUUUGGUCUCCAAGGACGGCGCAGGCGAUUCAAGGACCGUGCAAGGGGCAGUCGACAUGGUCCCAGACGGAAACGAUAACCGAGUUAGGAUUCUCAUAAGUCCGGGCAUUUACAGGGAGAAAGUAGUAGUUCCUGAGACAAAGCCUUACAUUUCAUUCAUCGGGAGGGGUAGCUCAGAAACCGUGAUCACGUAUCAUUUAAGGGCAGCGGAUCGGUAUUCCAACGGCCAAGCUGUUGGAACCUACGACUCUGCUUCAGUCGCCAUAGAAUCGAACUUCUUCUGUGCGAAUGGAAUUACUUUUCAGAACACAGCUCCCGCUGCGAAACCAGGGGAAGAGGGAGGGCAAGCAGUGGCACUGAGACUGACAGGAGACAGAGCCAUGUUAUAUCGUUGCAGGAUAUUGGGAUCUCAGGACACACUCUUCGACCACCUCGGCCGGCAUUAUUUCUUCCAGUGCUUCAUCCAAGGUUCCAUCGACGUCAUCUUUGGCAGUGCCAGAUCCUUGUAUCAGAGUUGCAGCCUUCACUCGGUUGCAGAAAGCUAUGGAGCAGUGGCGGCAUCGCAGAGGAACUCCCCGUCAGAUAAUUACGGCUUCUCCUUCGUUGACUGCAAGCUGAGUGGGACGGGGAAGGUGUAUCUGGGAAGAGCAUGGGGGAGAUACGCGACGGUGGUGUACUCCAAUUGCCAAUUGGAGGGCAUCGUGCUGCCUGAAGCGUGGAGCGACUGGGGAGACGCGUCACGGAGAAGGACAGUGUACUUCGGGCAAUUCAACUGCAAGGGAGAAGGUGCUGAGCUGGGAGAGAAGGUGGGCUGGGCGAGAUCACUCAGCUACGUGGAAGCGAAGUCGUUUCUGGACAGGGGAUACGUCGAUGGGGAGCGAUGGCUGGAUCUUUAAUCGGCCAUGAGCCUGAAUAUUCAAUUCUUGUGAUUGUUGAACACUUGAGUCUGCAAUAUUCUUUCUUGGUUCCUCUAGAAGUGACAGUUUGAUAGUAAUUCAUUUGAAUAACUAAAAUUUAUGUUCUUUAAAAUUAUAUGAACCAAAGCCUUUAUUUCUUGUUUUUGUACUCUCAAUGGAGAUAGUAGCCAUGUAAAACCUUUUAUAGACCCUCCAUAUUUAACUAAUUAGAGAUCCUCCGUGCAAA